AUGUCUCUAUCAAAACCAAGUGGUAGUAAUAAACGAAAAAUUACAGAUGAACAUCGUCAGUUUCAAGAAAAUUGGGAAUUACAAUAUAUUUGCAGUGAAAUCAAUAAUAAAAUACUUUGCUUAAUAUGUAAAAGUGUUAUUAGUGUUCCAAAGUUGUACAACAUUAAGCGACAUUAUGAACAAUAUAAGUCAAAAUACGACCAGUAUGAAGGGUUAUUGAGGGAAGAAAAACUGAAAGAGUUUAUAUGCGGGUAUAAAAAACAACAGAUAAUGUUUACUAAAAUACCACAAGAAAAUGAAGCUGCAGUAAAGGUUAGUUACGUGUUAUCAGAGUUAAUUGCCAAACAUUCGAAACCGUUCACUGAAAGUGAUUUUAUAAAAACGUGUUUGAUUAAAACUGCUGAAAUUAUUUGUCCCGGAAAUCUAAAAGCUUUUCAAAACAUUUCAUUAACACGAAAUACGGUUGCUGAAAGAAUAACUGAACUAGCUUGCAAUUUGAAUAAUCAAAUUAAAAUUAAAAUACCUACAUUUGAGUAUUUUUCAAUCGCUUGUGAUGAAAGUACCGAUAUUGGUGGCACAGCUCAGUUAGCUGUGUUUUUUCGUGCUUGCGAUAUGGAAUUUAAUAUUUUUGAAGAGUUAUUGGAUAUUAUACCUAUGUUUGAUACUACUACAGGAGAGGAUGUAUUCGUUUCUGUUUUUGAACUCUUGAAAAAAUAUGAUUUACCUUUGGAAAAGUUGUCAUCUGUAGCUACAGAUGGAGCUCCUUCUAUGACGGGGAAAAAUAAAGGAUUCGUUGAAAGGUUGCAAAAAAAAUCGAAUGAAUAUGUUGAGCAUAAAUUUCAUAGAACACAUUGUAUUAUACAUCAAGAGGUGUUAUGUACAAAAGUUAUUAAUGUGGCACAUGUUAUAAGACCUGUAAAACAAAUGGUCAAUUUUAAAGGAUCCCGUGGUUUGAACCAAAGACAAUUUUCGAUUUUUUUAAACGAUUUAGAAAGCGAGUAUUCAGGUUUACCAUACUUUACAGAAGUACGAUGGUUAUCGUGUUCCACUGUAUUGGAAAGAUUCUGGAAGUUAAGAGAUACCAUACAAAUAUUUUUAGAGUCUAAAGAACAAGACGUCAGCGUUUUAUCGGAUCCAAUGUGGUUACAAGACCUAUCCUUUAUGGUCGAUAUAACAAAGCAUUUAUCGAAUUUAAAUUUAAAAUUACAAGGGAAAAAUCAAAUUAUAACAGCCAUUAAUGACCAUGUUAAGGCUUUCAAAAUAUGUAAAUUAGAUCUAUUUAAAACACAAUUACAAAACGAAGACUUAACGCAUUUCCCAGCAUGCAUGACGUUUCAAGAUUUCCAAUAUUUAGAAAAUGAUUUUGCCUUAUUUACCUCUCCUUUUUCAAUAGACGCAGUAAAUGUUUCAACACAUAUACAAAUGGAACUGAUCGAGAUUCAAAAUGAUUCAAAUUUAAAAAAUAAAUUCAAUGAUGUUGGUGUUCCUGAUUUUUACAGUUUUGUGCCAACACGAUAUGUAGAAAUUCGUAGAUUUGCUAAUAAAAUGGUAUUAGCUAAAGAACUUCAUAAACCUGUUAGAAUAAGAUUUCCUAAAAGAAGAAUUUUUACUAAAUGUAUUGAUGAUUUAUGGGCUGUUGAUUUAGUUAUAAUGAGAAAUUAUUCAGAUGAAAAUGGGGGUAGUUCUUAUAUAAUAACUGUUAUAGAUACAUUUUCAAAACGUUCUUGGGCUUUACCACUCAAAAAGAAAGAUGGAAUUAGUGUUUCAAAAGCAUUUGAAAAAAUAAUUAAACAAGCUGAAUCACAAAAUCAUCAUGCGCCAAAAUUACAUCACAUAGAUAAAGAAUAUUAUGAAAAUUCUGAGAAUGUUAAAUAUAAUCUACGUAAAAUUCCAAUUAAUGGAAAUAUUUUUGUUAUUGAUAAAGAAAAUAAAAGUCCUUAUAUUUCUGAAGUAUUAUACUCACCAACUUGGUUAGAACUUUGUAAAAUAGCUAAUGAUCAAAUUAUUACAACAGGUGAUUAUAAACAUCAUUAUCUAGAGGAUAUUGUUGUUCAAGAUUUAGGAAAUAUUCUAAUGUGUUAA